CCAUACUUAGCUUCAAUCUCAGCCCAAGUUUUACUACAUUUUUCAAAACGUGAUUAAAUUUAAUUUACUCAUCAGAUUCAAAUACUGAAGAAUAUGAGUAAUUUUUAUCAAAUUGAAAAGAUCAAUCAUCAAGACCUAGUGAAAUUGAAUUUCGCAAUAAUUUUUUUUGUAGAUUGUCGAGCUAAAUCUUUGUCUCUAAGUUAGUAGAUUUGAGAAUCCAGAUCUUAUUGCACUGAAAUCAGUGAGAAGGAAAUGGACCCGGAUUCAGUGAAAUCGACUCUUUCUAAUUUGGCUUUCGGCAAUGUAAUGGCUGCUGCAGCUCGCGAUUACCAAAAGGAUUUGCUGGCUCAAGGGAAAGCUAAUGCAUCAAGCUCUGUUAAUAACGAAGUGGAUCUGGAUGAGCUUAUGGAUGACCCUGAGCUGGAGAAAUUGCAUGCUGACAGGAUUGCGGCUCUUAAGAAAGAAGCAGAGAAGCGGCAAAAAUUGACAAUGCAAGGUCAUGGGGAAUAUAGGGAGAUAACAGAAGGAGACUUUUUGGGUGAAGUUACUGGCAGUGAAAAAGUGAUUUGUCAUUUCUACCACCGAGAGUUCUAUCGUUGCAAGAUUAUGGAUAAGCACUUGAAGUCCCUUGCUCCUAGACACUUUACUACUAAAUUCGUCAAAUUGGAUGCUGAGAAUGCUCCUUUCUUUGUUGCUAAGCUUGGAAUCAAGACAUUGCCAUGUGUCAUACUAUUUAGGAAUGGAGUAGCAUCAGAUAGGCUAGUGGGGUUUCAAGACUUGGGGGGCAAAGAUGAUUUCCCCACAAGGAAGCUGGAACUUUUCCUCUUGAAGAAAGGAAUUAUCGAGGAGAAAAAACGAGAUGAAGAGGACGAUGAUCAUCUUGAAGGCAAACGCACAUCAGUGAGAACAUCGGCAAAUACAGAUUCGGACUCUGACUGAGAAGAACUCACAAAGCAGUUUGCCACAACUUCUGUGUAGUGCAGUUAUUUUCUGCUUUUCUUUAUUUACUGUAAAAUUGUAUUGCACGCAUUGAUGGCUGUAACUCUUGGUGUAUGUGAUGUUUUGUCAUGUUUGCCUAUCGUGUAUGGUUUGUGAGCUGGGAUUAUUGUAUUUAGUACUCAAGUGAUGAUCAGAUAUCUAUCGAUUAUAUGAUAGUGGUAUACAUGCAA